AUGUCCAAUUAUGGUUCAUCGAACACAUCAAGUCUAUUGCCAUCAACUGGAGAUACAGCAUUUACAACUCCAUAUUCAAUACCAUCAUCAAAUAAUUCAAAAUUAAUAUCACUACUAUCCAAGAAACCAAAAUCCAAUAACAUAGAUGAUAAAAGCAGUAUAGGAACUAAAACAGAAAUUGAUAAAAAUGAGGAGCAAAAAGAAUUGUAUCACUUAAAUUUACAAUUACCAACGCCCAAACAAUUUGACGCAUCUGAUAUAAUUGAAAUCAAUAAUACUAAGAUUUUAACUCAACAGUCAAAUCAACAAAUUAAUAACAAAUCCAAUGAAUCUAAUAGUACAAAAGAGUUAGUAUCGGAAGUCAUAAAUGAAAAUGAUGAACCAAAGUAUCUGAUAGAUAUAAGUUCAAUUAAUCCAACAAAUUUAAAAGACCAGAUAUCAACUAUAUUAAUAAAUAAUUUUCCCAACCUAAAAAACAAUGUUAUUGAAAAUAUUUUACUAAAACUAAUAAGCAGCUCGAAUGAAAAAUCCAGAAGUUUUGAAUGGUCAACUAUAAAUAGUUCAGAAUUUACAGAUCAAAAACUAGUAUUUAUAAGAUUUUCAAAAUUGGAAGAUUUGAAAUGGUUUAUUGAAAAUUAUGAAAAUGAUAUACGUCACAUAAUACCUAAAACUGAACUCAUAUUCAGUCCAGAAGUUAAACAAACUUUGUCAACUAUCAAAAUCAUAGAAUCAACAAAACUUACUCAAUCAUACAAGGACAAAAUCAAAAAUCAAAUAAAAUUAAUAUGUUACAAUAACAAAAAUUUCGCAACAACUUCAAAAUCAUCAGGUGUGGAAGACCUAGACACAAUAAUGAAAUCGUAUUCAACUUACAGAGUAGACAACAACGAUUUAAUAGACGUCCCCAAAGAGAUGAAAGAUAAAAUAGUAAAAGAAAUAAUAAAAUUUAGAUCAAAAAUGUUAAAUAUUGAAAAAUUAAAUAGACAAAAACAAAAUGAAAAAGAAAGAUUAAAAAUUAAAAAGAAAUUAAAUGAUUUAUAUCGAAAUUUAAAAGAGACGAAUGAGCAAACUCAAGAAGAAGAAGAAGUUGUUGAUGAAUAUGAGGAUGUUGUUAUUCCUCAAAAUCAAUAUGAAGAAUUAAAUGAUGAAGAAUAUGCUGAAAUUAUCAACUCAAAACAACAAAUUGCAUCAGAUCAAGAAUAUCAGAAGGAACUACAAAAUUUUAAACAAAAAGAAGAAGCAGAAAAGUUGAAACUAAUUACAAAAUUAAUUAACCUCGAAAAUUAUGAAAACUCAAUAAUAGACCAUAAAUUAGAAUCAAUUGAAAUAUUGAAAAAAUUAGAUAAAACAAAUAAUUUAUAUCAAAAAAAUUAUAACGAGUAUUUGAAACAAAGACAAGUUAGGAAAUUUAUGGAAGAACAAAAAGAUGAAGAGGAUAGAAAAUUAGAAGAAGAAGAAAAUAAAAACGCAAAACCUCAACAAUCUAAAGUAGAAGUUUCAGAAAUUGUUGAAGUUGUAGAAGAACCACCAUAUAAGAAAACAAAAACCGAUCAACAACCGUCAAAUAAAACAACCACAACCAUCAUUAUUAAAGAUCUCGCUUCUGAUAUACAACAAAAGAUACAACAAAAGAUAAUAGAAUCAAUUGAAGAAUAUUUAGGUAUCCAAGAUGAAAUUUUAAUUCAAGUAAUAAAUGAUAAUUUGAAUACAUAUAACCUUACCAAGAAACAAGAGUUAAUUAAUGAAUUAGUUGAAGUAUUAGAUGAAGAUGCAGAAGUAUUAGUUAAUGAUUUAUUCAAAUAUAUUCAGUCAAUAUCAUAG